AUGUUUGCUCAGCUCAAGGACGCGUCCGCGCAAGCCACGGUGCAUAGAUCACAGACGCGGCGCCUUCCGGCUGAGUCGUGACCUCCACGCCGUCGACGCCCGCAAUCGAUGGGUGGUCGCGCUGCGCACCCAGAUAACAAAUGAAUGACCCCGCGCAGGCGCGAGGUCGAGGCCCUCGAGGCGAGUUUAGGGGACAAGGUCAUGGCGUUGGACGGCCGUGUCGGCGCGCUCCAGGCCACCUCGUUGGCGGACGCCGAGAAGACCUACACCAAGGGCGCGACGGCGGCCGCGGUCAACGCCGAGCUCUGCGAGCUGCAGACCUACGCGAGAGGCGAGGCCGCGGCCUGCGUGCUCGACUUGCGGAAGAUCGAGCGCUUCAUCACGCUGCACGUCCCCAAAGUGGAAGACGGCAACAACUUCGGGGUGGCGAUCCAGCUCGAGGUGGCGAAGCUCGUCAAGGAGACGGGCAAGGAAUGCAAGGGACUAUUAGAUGCUCUACCGGCCUACCACAAGGACCGGGCCGCCUUGUUGGAGAAGGUCGUCGCCAGGACCACGACGGAAACGUCCGAGGCCACGUCGUCGUCGACCGACGAGGAGAAGGGGACCGAGGCGAAGACGACGGCGAAGAGCGGGAAAUCGUCGUCGUCCACCACAAAAACGUCCUCCGCCAAGCCCCUCCCCGACGCCGUCGCCGCCGUCGCCCAGCUCGACGUCCAGCACCGCUUCGCCCUCAUCUUCCUGCUGGAGGUCGUGCGGGACGCGUACAUCGCCGUCGGCGACUGCCUCGAGAAGAACAAGGGCAAGCUCGUCGCGCCCAAGGGCGAGGGCGGCAACGCCAUGUCGAUGUUCUAG